AUGGUCGUUGAUCAGGAGAAGCUCGCGAAGCUGCAGGCUGCUGCCCGCACUGGUGGCAAGGGUGCUCCCCGCCGCAAGAUUGUGAAGAAGCCCAAGGGUGCCGUCGCUGGCGGCGAGGACACGAAGCUCCAGGGCGCGCUGAAGAAGCUGGCCGUGCAGCCCAUGACCGGCAUUGAAGAGGUCAACAUGUUCAAGGAGGACGGCAACGUGCUGCACGUGGCCAACCCGAAGGUGCAUGGUGCCGUGGCGUCCAACACGCUCGCCGUGUACGGCAAGGCCCAGGACAAGGAGCUCACGGAGCUGGUGCCCGGUAUCCUGUCGCAGCUCGGCCCCGAGUCGCUCGCGAGCCUCCGCAAGCUUGCGGAGAGCUACCAGGCGAUUAGCGCCCAGCAGGCCGGCGCGCAGAAGGGCGAGGAUGCCGACGGCAUCCCCGACGUGGACGGCAACUUUGACGAGGUCGACGGCAAGGCCCCCGAGUCGACGGAGGUGGACCAGCUCGACUAA